AUGUGGCAGCUUGUUUUCUUUACUUUGAGCUGUGAUCUUGUCCUAGCCGCAGCCUAUAACAACUUUCGGAGAGGCAUGGACAGCAUGGGGAAAAGGCAGUAUCAGGUUCAGCAGGGGUCCUGCAGCUACACUUUCCUCCUGCCGGAGACAGACAACUGUCGCUCGACUAGCUCCUACGCGUCCAGCGCUGUACAGAGGGACUCACCACUAGAUUAUGACGACUCCGUGCAGAGGCUACAAGUGCUGGAGGACAUCAUGGAAAACAACACUCAGUGGCUAAUGAAGCUUGAGAAUUAUAUCCAGGACAACAUGAAGAAAGAAAUGGUAGAGAUACAACAGAACGCAGUACAGAACCAGACGGCCGUGAUGAUAGAAAUAGGCACAAACUUACUGAAUCAGACAGCAGAGCAAACACGGAAGUUAACGGACGUUGAAGCACAAGUAUUAAAUCAGACGACAAGACUUGAACUUCAGCUUCUGGAACACUCCCUUUCCACCAGCAAACUGGAAAAACAGAUUUUGGACCAGACCAGUGAAAUAAACAAAUUGCAAGAUAAGAACAGUUUCCUGGAAAAGAAAGUACUAGACAUGGAAGACAAGCAUAUUGUUCAACUACAGUCGAUAAAAGAAGAGAAAGAUCAGCUCCAAGUAUUAGUAUCCAAGCAAAAUUCCAUCAUUGAAGAACUAGAAAAACAAUUAGUGACCGCCACGGUGAAUAGCUCAGUUCUCCAAAAGCAGCAACAUGAUCUGAUGGAGACAGUUCAUAAUUUAUUGACUAUGAUAUCAUCAAGCUCAGCGAAGAACUCCUUCAGUGCUAAGGAAGAAGCAGUCGUUUUCAGAGACUGUGCAGAAGCAUUCAAGUCAGGGAGGACAGCGAACGGCAUCUAUACGCUGGUGUUCCCAAACUCCACAGAGGAGAUAAAGGCAUACUGCGACAUGGAGACGGCUGGAGGUGGGUGGACCAUCAUUCAGCGGCGGGAAGAUGGCAGUGUUGACUUCCAGAGGACUUGGAACGAAUAUAAAGUGGGAUUUGGGAACCCUUCCGGUGAACACUGGCUGGGAAAUGAGUUUGUUUUCCAAGUGACCAAUCAACAGCCCUACGUGCUUAAAAUACACCUUAAAGACUGGGAAGGGAAUGAAGCGUACUCACUGUAUGAACAUUUCUCUCUCUCCAGUGAAGAAUUCAAUUACAGGAUUCACCUUCAAGGACUUACAGGGACAGCCGGCAAAAUAAGCAGCAUCAGCCAACCAGGAAAUGAUUUUAGCACAAAGGAUGCAGACAACGACAAAUGUAUUUGCAAAUGUUCACAAAUGCUCACAGGAGGCUGGUGGUUUGAUGCGUGCGGUCCCUCCAACUUGAACGGAAUGUACUACCCGCAGAGGCAGAACACAAAUAAGUUCAGCGGCAUUAAGUGGUACUACUGGAAAGGCUCAGGCUACUCGCUCAAGGCCACGACCAUGAUGAUCCGACCCGCAGGUUUCUAA